AUGGUCCAACCUCUCGGUGUCGACAGGCACGGGGGUGCCAUCAAAUGUGAGACACACGGUAAGAGAAGUUCCCUGAGCACAAGUGUUAUCAGCACGGAAGAAUCAUACAUGAAGCAAAGCCGAUGGAAGGAAGCAAAAGAGCUUCAAGUGCCAGUGAUCGAAAGUAUUAGGCACGUUCUGGGACUAGAGCAUCCUGAUACGCUAAGCAGAAUAAGCAAUCUGGAAUCUAUAUACGUGAAUCAAGGACGAUGGAAAGAAGCAAAGGAGCUACAGGCGCAAAUAAUAAGGAUUCGGAUGCAGGUAUUCGUGGAAUUUGAAGAUUCUGAUUCGUCCAUUGAGGACGGCUCAGUCUUUUCUGCCACACUCUCCAUUCCCAGCACUAGAUCAUUGGACUCUGGAAGAGCGGAUAUAAAUACGUUACUCGUUCAGGGAUUUGCAACUCUGCUUCAUGAAGAUGACACCGUACUUUCGCUCCUUUUACUUGGUAGGGAUCGCCAUACUUCUCGGAUAAGUGAUGUAAUCGAGGUUUCCAAUCCCGAGGACGAAGAAAGCGACCAAGACUCUGUGACAGAGGAACUGGGUGAUGAUGAGCCCUAUGAAGGAUCGUUGCAACACUUAGAUCAAAUAAAACACCUCAUUCUGCAAAGCACUACUUAUCAGAUCCUUCGACAUCGGCCCGGAGAGUUUGUUCAGCCCACGCUACAUUCUCGGCUUCGAGAUCUAGUGACCAGGUGGUCAAACCCAGCAGACAAGAACCAUGGCGAGAUUGCGCGGUAUAACCUGUGGGAUCUCCUCACAGAAUUGCGACACGUUUAUCACUAUCGGAAUAAAUUUAAGUACGAUAACAAUAUGUCUGGAUUUCUCAGGUUCACCGGCCACUAUCAGCAUAUAGUUGAGCGUUGGACUGGAGAGCGUUGGGAUUGGUGGCCAUUGCCUCGCUGUCCGAGGAAUCAGAGACAAGGAUACGGUGGAAUUGUGUAA